GAUAAGCUGUGCCCGGAACCGGAAGCCCCGGACAAAGGGAAUGUCGCCGCGAACGGUCGUCACAUCGGAUCCGAAGCGAUAUAUACCUGCGACGCGGGUUAUCACCUCGUCGGAGAUGGAAGAAGGAUUUGUCAAGGCGUCGGGAAUUGGACGGGCUCGCCCCCGAAAUGCGACGAAGAGCUGUACUGCACGGAGCCUCCGACCAUUCCGAAUGCGGAGCACGAGGGCGACCCUCACCGGAUGGUAUACCCGAUCGACACCCAUCUCACCUACCGCUGCUUGCCCGGCUACGAGAUGGAAGGAUUCCCCGAUGCCCAGUGCACGAUCUUCCAGGCCGAAGUCAAGUGGUUCGGACCCGACUUCAAAUGCAAGGUCGAUCUGGCGCUUUUCGCAGCCAAGACGUGCGACCCCCCGGGAGACAUCCUAAACGGCAUCCGAAAGGGAGGCUGCUUCGACUACGGCUGCAAGGUGGAGUACGAGUGCCAGGACGGCUUCGAGAUCGAGGGGGAGUCGCGGUUCAGGCACUGCCAGGCGGACGGGACCUGGUCGCCGAGGGAGCCGCCCGUGUGCAGCCGUGAGUCGCUCGGCUUUAAUUGGGGCUUGGAUAUACUGCGGGAAGAAAGA